ACUGGUUUGGACUGGUUUUUGACUGGUUUUGACUUGUUUUGACUGGUUUUGGACAGGUUUUGACUGCUUUGGACUGGUUUUGAACUGGUUUGGACUGGUUUUUGACUGGUUUUGACUUGUUUUGACUGGUUUUUGACUGGUUUUGACUGCUUUGGAGUGCUGUGGACUGGUUUUGGACUGGUUUUGUUCUUGUUUAAGACUUGUUUUGGCUGGUUUGGACCGGUUUUGGACUGGUUUGGGUGAGCAGAGCAGGAGUUUAGUUUUGUGCUGCAGCAGGACAAUGAAGCAUGAAAACACGAGUGUGUUUGUCCAGAAAGUCAGAGCGCCUCGGUCACCAUGACGACCAGGGUGGAGGAUUGCAUCAGUGUGAAAUCACAGCAAAGCGAGAAGACAGAGUGAAGUCACGUCUGCAGCUCAGAGAGAAACAGCUCAAGAAACACAACAGAAAAAUCAGACACAGAAUGAGAAGAAGUCAGUGGAAACAGCCAAACUGUCCCAGAGUCUGGAGACAUGGAGACAGAAAAACAUCUCCAGGAUGAGGAGACAACAUUAGUUCAGAGUUUAACAUCUGAGAAGACAUGGUGGACAUGAUGGUUCCUGGUUUUUAUGUUUUGGUAAAAUAAAUAAUCAAAAGUUUGUUCCUUGUUUUUUCUGGUUUCCAUCAUUCUGAGUCCUCCUGCCAGAAGACAUCUCUGAAUUCUCUCCUUCUUCAUGGUGUUCUGGUUCCUCAGAACUGCAGGACUUUAGAUGAAACAUGGACCUCAUUCUGUGCUGCAGGUUUUUCCAUCAUGGCAGAGAGUUUGGACAUGGAGGAGCUCCUCACGGCCUUCAGGAAGUUCGCUGUCCACGGAGACACCAAGGCCACGGGAAAAGAGCUCAACGGGAAGAACUGGGCCAAACUGUGCAAAGACUGUAAGAUCGUGGACGUGAAGAACGUGACCAGCACCGAUGUGGAUAUCGUCUUCUCCAAAGUCAAACAGAAGUCGUCUCGGGUCGUCACCUACGAGGAGUUUCGCAGAGCUCUGGAGGAACUCGCUCCCAAAAGGUUCAAAGGCCAAAGCAAAGACGAAGCUCUGCAGUCGAUGUUCAAGCUGGUGGAGGGUCGAGAACCCACCAACGUCGGUGUGACGAAAGUGUCGAAGACGGCGGCGGUGGACCGACUCACCGAUACGGCCCGGUACACCGGAUCCCACAAGGAGCGCUUUGAUGAGACCGGUAAGGGCCGAGGCCGCGAGGGCCGUGAGGAGAUUGUGGAGAACACGGGAUACGUGGGAGCGUACCGGAAUGCCGGGACGUACGACACCAAGACCAAAGACAAAUAAAAUGACAGGAAGCAGCACCACCUGCUAGGAGCUGACUAGCAACUACAGCUCUGAUACAGCACUUAGUCUGGACCAAACCUGGAACCGGGACUCCUCUGAGUGAGUGUGUGUGUGUGUGUGUGUGUGUGUGUGUGUGUGUGUGUGUGUGUGUGUGUGUGUGUGUGUGUGUGUGUGUGUGUGUGUGUGUGUGUGUGUGUGUGUGUGUGUGUGGACAAAGCUUUGUGUUCAGCUGCACUCAGAUCAGGUGAAACAUGACCAGGAGUGAUCAACAGUCUGCAGUUCCAUCAGCGCCCCCUUCAGGCUGCUGUGGUCGUCACACACCUGGACAAAGGAAGGACCAGGAUCAGAACCUAUAGAACGUGUUCAUCCAGCUGAAAGUUUUCAUCUUUUAUUGCUUUUCAACACUGAAUCAUGGUCAGCUUCAUCUGACUACUGGCCACCAAGACACCCUUGACUCCUCUGAAGGAGUUCCAAGCAUGGAGGUGGCAGCAUCAUGAUGUGAGAAGUCUGAACCUGAAAAGUUCUGCUGACUCAGGAUCCCUGAGGAACCUGACAGUUUCUAAAGAAGUGUCAUGACUUUGUAGAGUCUUUUCUGUAAAUUCUUGUCCAGAAAUGAAACUGAACUCUUGAUGAUUCAGCAUUGAAGCAAUAAAAGGAACCUCUGAGGGAACUGAACAGGUUCUAUAGGAGCCAUCAGGAAACACAUCCGGCUACAACUUCCUUUGCUGUUUGAUUUAAAAACAAAACUGUCCUGGUUUUUAGAGAGAGUUGUCUGAUUUCAGGCUUCUUGGAUACACUGAGCUUUUUAAACUUUAUUUAAAAAAAAGUCAGAUUGGUUGAACAAACAGCUGCACAUUUACUGGAAUAUUAAUACUAAUAAUUCAUCUUUUCUCUUUUAAAUGAACGUGAUCAACUAUGGAUUUAAAAUGCUUCAGUCUGUGUGGAAAACCUCACCUGGUUCCAGGUAAACGUGACAUCACAACUCCUGGGACUGUUCAAACUGGAAACUAUAGCAUCUACUGAUGACUGUGAGGUGUUUAGGGAGCAUCUGGAAACUGCAGAUUGACUGAUGACUGUGAGGCGUUACACUCAUCACUUUGAAUUCACGUAUAAAAUGUCUCCAUAAUCCAACCACAAAAACAUGAUUUAUUCCUGAGAACAGAAACUGAACCUUUGUCUUCCUGAGCAGAUGUUGCACCCCCUGCUGGUGUCUGAGGAUAUUACUUUCUGUUAUUAAACCCAGAAUCUGCAGCCUUCUAAAACCUGAAUCCUGGUUCUUUGAUGUUUAUAUAUUUAUCCACAUUUUACUUCUUCUCCUGCAGUUAUUUUGAACUUGUGAAGCAACUUCACUGAAUAAAUGAAGAUUUAAAAAGUG